AUGGCGUUUGGCCAUCUCGCUGGUAAAAGACCGCCUGGCCGGAAGAGUCGCACCCGUGAAGGCCUGCAUCUUCGGCCUCUGAAUGUUGAAAAGGGCGAUAAAAGAUUCUCAUUAGCAGAUGAUUCAUUUCCUCCCCAAACUGCAACAUGGCGCAACAACCUUAUCGCACUUUCCCAGCGCCGCAAUCUUCUCUUUGUCGCUUAUAGCCAUCAAAUCUAUGUCUGGGAACCCGCGGGGUCAUUCCAGAUGCUGGGCUCUGUCCCAUUAAUGAUCAUCACACCGGUCAUGAAGGAGUCUAGUGCCCGUGGAUUCAUCUCUCCAAACACCCCACAUGCGAUCAACAAUAUCCUUGUGGAUGAUCUUGGUCGCGAGGAAGUCCUCUUGCUCGUUACUGAUUCAGGGAACGUCUGUGGCUACCGUACUGAAGCGAUUUUCUCAGCUCUGAAGCGUGCCGCAGAUGACGAAGAGAGUCGGCCUUUAGACGGCUCUCAAGUGGACCCUUUCUUUGUCGAAUAUGUCGAAGCCAGUGCGUGGGGGUUGGCUAUCCACAAGUUCGCUCGGUUGAUCGCAGUGAGUGCAAAUACUGGUUUAAUUACCGUUUUCGCAUUCGCCCUUGUGAACCCUGCUUCUGGAGGGAGCAGUGACUCGAGUCAGCGACUAGAAGAAGAGGACGACUUGAGCGACUAUGGUCAAACCUGGCUUCACAUCACGACCCCCGAGCAGUUUGUGCAGUUGCGACACAUGAUGCCCGAGAAACACCGAACGCGCAACAUAAAACUGACAUACACGGGGCAUUUCGCCAAUAUACCAUCCGUCUCUUUUCUUAAUUGCGACCUCGACCCUAAUGGUAACUGGAUGGUUAGUACCGAUAUCGAUAAUAAACUUCUUGUUUGGAAAAUUUGGGACGGCCUUGGUGCGUUCAAUAUGUACCACUUCAACGAUAUUGGCUUCAGGUCAUUUCACGACACUCUGCGCAACGACGAACGUGGUUGGUCUGUCAUCGCUCUCGACCCGCGCUCCUUUCAUCUUCUCAAGUCCACCGAAGAGGCAUGUGGCGGUAGGCCUCAACGUCGAGUCAAGGAUGGCCAACCGGUGUUUGAUCUCACGAAGUUAAGUGGCCGAGUGCCGAAUGCUUCGCAGCUUUACAACUACUUUCCUCCUGCUGUCAAGGCCGAGCCCGAACGACCGGUACUACCCGAUAUAUUCGGAGUUGAUUGUCGCAUCAGUAAGGGAGGUGACACUCGUCAGGGCAUGGACCGUGUGGCGUCUUCGGAAUCUAGUGAUACCCGGGAGACCAACCACUUCCAUGCAAUCGCUGGGUAUCUUCGCCCCUCGGACUCUGCUGACGCCUUUAGUCAUCGUGCCGUUGAUGGUUCUGUUUACGACGAUAACAUGAGCCAUGGCAGCUCUUCCGAGCUCAAUCUGGAUGUGGAUUCCCAGCAAACAUCUGGCCUGGAGACAGCGCAGCAAAUCAGUGAUCCGGACCAACACACCAGCAAUGGUCCUCCCCGGACUCGUCGGCCCCCUCAAACAACGCCGGAGUUCCUCCAGGUUGCCCUGCUUGAAGCCCUUGGAGGGGGUGACAUGCAUGGUGCCGAAGAGUACUUUGAUGGGUACUCGGUGCUGGAUGACGAUAGCUAUACCGAGGACCAAGAAAUGGACGAUAUAGAUAUCAACACUUCCUCGGAGGAUGGAGAGUCGUCGACAACCGGGGCAGUCGCAUAUCAGGUCUUUGAUCGUAUGUCACGUAAUGCCUUCCCUGAAGAUGCUGGCUUGCAUGGGCGGAUGGAGGCGCUAAUUGGUCUUCCACCGACGCCAGCUCCAGUUAACUCGAGGUUCCCUAUCCUUCACUUUUCGCAAACCGACAUCCGGCUCGUUGCUCAUCCGUUUGCUCCUCACGCAAGCGUUGUCUGCGGCGCACCGCUCCGACAACCCUUUACCCACCCCAUCGUCUCAAUCCGAGCCUGCGAUCGGUUUAACAUGGUCAAAUAUGUCCCCGAACAUGGCAUCGUUGUAGCCGCCUCGCAAAAAGGCCGCGCCGCGAUUAUCGCCUUAACCGAAUCGGAGGCUGCUGGCCUCUCGUUCCGCGUCGACUGGAUCGUGCCUUUCGAGAGCCAGGAAAAGUACGGCGACCGUCCCCUUAUCCCCCUUCUUGGCAUGUCCGUGAGCCCCAUCCAGGGGUUCGAAAUGCCGCCUGACGUGCCCUAUAUCCCUCGCGAUGUUGAUGAGAACGAUCUCACCUUCCGUUACCAACACAUCUUCGACGACGAAACCGACAAUGCCUCCGUAGCCGGACGAUCAUCAAAUCACUCUUUCGGCGACUUGAACAUUCCCUCUGAUCUUUCCGGCAUCAGCGAUGAAUCUGUACACGAACACAUGCACCGAAACCCCCCUACCUUGCCCGAGUGUCAUGCUCGCGCAACCCGAGCCUACCAGCCCGAGGAGCGCUGGCGUGGAUGGAAUCCCUCCCGACGCUAUCGUCUGCUCCUCAUGUACGCGGACCAUACGGUCAUGAGCUACGAAUUCUGGUACAAUUGGAACACCGCGGGCCCGGAAGCCGACAUGAGCGACGAGGAUGAAUUUCUCGUGGUCUAA